UCUUUCACUUUCAUUUUCCCCCAAAUUUUGAUUUUUCUUUGCAGAAUCUCUUCGGAAACCCUAACCCUGACAAUCCUUCACUUCUCAAGCUUUCUCCAAUUCCUUCUUCUCGCAGAUAAUGGGUGAAACAAAGGAAGAAACAUACGAGGAAGAGCUUCUUGAUUACGAAGAGGAGGAUGAGAAAGCACCUGAUUCAGUCGGAGCUAAAGUUAACGGUGAAUCUGGGAAGAAGGGCUAUGUUGGGAUCCACAGUUCAGGAUUCAGAGACUUUCUUCUAAAGCCAGAGCUUCUUCGUGCUAUUGUGGACUCGGGAUUUGAGCAUCCUUCUGAAGGUAAUACAUCUAUUAUAAUCUUGUUUUGGAGAACUAUUGUGCUUUGGUAACUCUAUCAAAUCAAAUUAAAAGGGUCAGAAAGGUUUUUUUACUGAUCAUUGGUUUCUUCGACCCCAAUUUUCUUUGGUUCAUCAUCAGUGCAACAUGAGUGCAUACCACAAGCAAUCCUUGGAAUGGAUGUAUUAUGCCAGGCAAAAUCGGGAAUGGGAAAAACUGCUGUUUUUGUUCUAUCAACUUUGCAGCAGAUUGAUCCUGUUCCAGGCCAAGUUUCUGCUCUUAUUCUGUGUCAUACAAGGGAAUUAGCAUACCAGAUAUGCCAUGAGUUUGAAAGGUUCAGCACCUACUUGGCUGAUCUCAAGGUUGCUGUCUUUUAUGGUGGUGUCAACAUUAAAGUUCACAAGGAUCUGUUGAAAAAUGAAUGCCCUCAUAUUGUCGUUGGUACACCUGGAAGAAUACUAGCAUUGGCCAGGGAUAAGGACCUUUCAUUAAAGAAUGUUAGGCAUUUCAUUCUGGAUGAAUGUGAUAAGAUGCUGGAAUCACUGGACAUGAGGAAAGAUGUGCAAGAUAUUUUCAAGAUGACACCCCAUGAUAAGCAAGUUAUGAUGUUUUCUGCAACACUCAGCAAGGAAAUUCGCCCAGUCUGCAAAAAAUUUAUGCAAGAUCCAAUGGAAAUUUAUGUUGACGAUGAAGCGAAAUUGACCCUUCAUGGUCUCGUUCAGCACUACAUCAAAUUGAAGGAGGAGGAGAAGAACCGAAAGUUGAACGAUCUUCUUGAUGCACUGGACUUCAACCAAGUUGUGAUCUUUGUGAAAAGUGUCAGCAGAGCAGCUGAGCUGGACAAGUUGCUUGUGGAAUGCAACUUUCCAUCCAUAUGCAUUCAUUCUGGAAUGUCCCAGGAAGAAAGGUUGAAGCGGUAUAAAGGUUUUAAGGAGGGGCAUACAAGGAUUCUUGUAGCAACAGAUUUAGUUGGCAGGGGAAUUGACAUUGAACGUGUUAAUAUAGUGAUAAACUAUGACAUGCCUGACUCUGCAGACACAUACUUGCACAGGGUUGGCCGAGCUGGAAGGUUUGGUACCAAGGGCCUUGCAAUUACAUUUGUUUCAUGUUCAAGUGAUGUUGAUGUUCUCAACAAUGUUCAGUCCCGGUUUGAGGUGGAUAUAAAACAGCUCCCUGAGCAGAUUGAUACAUCUACCUACAUGCCAUCAUAAUAACCUCUUGUGGUGUAAUCCUUUGAAUUAAUUGGACUGUCUUUGAUUAUCUUACAAUCCAGCUAAACAAAGCUCUUAGAACUGGGUGAUUCACCUUGUCAUUGUCCAGUUCAUGUACUUCUAUUGACCCGUGAGACCGUUUUGUCGUUGGAGAUAAACUCGGUAUUUGGAUUUUGCAAUAUGACUGCUUCCAAAUAUGUGGAUUAAUUUACUGUAUUCUAAAUUAUGUAGGUUUUUAUUCCUAAAGGCUUAUGUUUUUAUGAAUUUAUCUUAUGUUCAAUUAAUUAGAUUGGUUAUUUAAAAUCGAGGAUGGAAAUCCACCAGUUGCUUUGAUUCAACUUGUCUUGAAUGCGUCAAUGAAUUUGACAUUGGCCUCUGCUAAUUAUAAGAUUAUUCUAGUAAUGUUUUUUCUAUUCA